AUGGACACCGAACAUCACCCUGACAAUGAGGAGGUCCUCUCGGACUUCCUGGAGUCUCUCUCCGACCAGGAUGAUGACAUGCCUACCGCCGACGCCGAUGGCAGUGUCGAUGCUGGCGCAUCCCCCCCGGGCGCGGGCGCCCCUGCCCCUACGGCUCCCGGCACCGCCAGCCGGCAAGAAGAUGAGAUGACGGAGGACGUGGCGCCCGCCGAGCCGCCACGGCCGCUGCACUCGUCGCUGGUCCGGCCGAGCUUCGCCCAAGCGACUCAGGCCUCGCCGGCGCAAGUCCGCCCACGGGGCUACCGGGAUGUCGGCGCCACGAAGGCCGCUCGGCGCAUGUUCAACGCGGCCCUCCGUGACCUGGGCUCCGCGUCGAUCGUGGCCACGGCGGCCUUUGAGCACAUCCAGUCCACGGCCUCGGAGGCAGUCCCCGCGGUCACGGCCGCCGCCGCCGCCGCCGCCGCCACUCCAAUGGCCUCGGCGGCGUCCCCACUCAUGGCCCCGGGCGAUGAGGAGGAUCUCGAGCAGCGCCGGCUGCGCAUCCAGCAGCGAGUCCUGGCACGGCAGCAGGGCAUCACCGCGACGUUGGACUCCGCCGUAGGCCAGCCACCGGGCCCGGGCUUUUCCGGGAGAGCCGGUUCCAUGCCGGCCUCCGACCCAGGCCUGGCCCGGGGGGCUGCCGGCCGUUUGGACACUCCGGCCGAAUCGGAAUUCCGCCAGGCCAUCGACCAGUCCAACCGCAGCCACAAGCAUAUUGCCCCGAACUUCUUGAAAACCACCUAUGUGCCAGCCUUCCUGGAGGCUGGCCGGCGGCCGGCGGCCCCGGAUGGCGCGCCUCCCGCCCGGCCGCCGACCCUCAUCCAGAUUUACUACCUGCCCGCCGUGCUGAAGGACCAUCAGAAGCGCCGCAUCGAGGAGCAGCUGCGCCAGGCUGCCGAUGAUGCUGACUCCGGCGCUUCCAUGGCCGAGCCCCCGGUGCCCGGCUCUCCCGGCGGCCCCGAGCAGCAGGACGCCGGCAUCCCCCCAAGUGCAGAUGCCAUCCUCGAGGGAGCCCCGGCUCCGGAGCCGGCUGCCCCGCUGUGUGGACAGGACACCUCCUUGCAGCAGGAUGCGAACACCCCGGCCGGGGGCGAUGCCCCGGCACCUGAGCAGGAUACCCCCAUGAUGCCUGAAGCCACCACCGCCUAAGCCAAUACACUGACAUUUCUCCCCCUCUCCCUCUUUAUACACACAAACAUACACACACACACACACAAA